UUUAUUUUUUAAAAGAAGCGCGCAGACAGAAAUGGCACUGGGAACUAGCCGCUAGACACUACUACAAACUUUAUCCUUUAUCUUGUUAGUUAGAUACCCCUUGCGGAAUCUGUCACCAUGUCGUUGCUGAAACCAUUCAGUAAACUCCCCGCUUUAAACACCGCCAGCAUAUUGCUUGUGGAGAGAGAAGAGGAAUUUCAGCAGAGAUUAGCUGACGCUCUAGUGAAGGAGACGGCAGUCACGUUGAACGUGAGACUAGCAAAGAGUCUGCCCUUUGAGCACAAGCACAGCCGGCCCAGGAUAGACCUGGUUGUUUUUAUCAUUAACCUCACCUCAGAGCUCAGUCUACAGUCUGCGGAAGCAUCCCUCAAGUAUUUGGACCCUGCAUAUUUCCUUGGAAAAGUCUCCUUCAUGGUCACUAACGCUCGUAACGCCGCCAUCCCCACAGAGCGCCUGGAUUCUGUUAGAAAGCUGGCUGCGUUGCACCGCUGCACACUACUUUUUGCUGAGGAUCAGACAGCAGAUGGUGCGACCAGCGCGGCGGAGAGGCUGCUGAGCAUUCUGAAGGUGGCGGCCGGUCUGGUUCCCAUGACGACGGCUCUCUAUCUGUCACACCUGACGUGCUCCGUGCCCUCAGACAUCGAUGAGAUGGGCUUUGAUUAGCUCCCACGACCCGAGUGGCAUGCUCCCUUGACUUUUCCAUGAGUCUCUUCUUUUGUACUGGUAGACUGUCACUGAUGUUGGAUUACUUAUUUACAGUACUUCCCUCUCAUCUUCUUGGGAUUUUGUCUUUCAUCUGGGGAUUCUCUUUUCUGGGAACCUGUGAAGUCCAAGUAUGAACUGGGAACUAUAUAAAUAAAACAUCUUCAUACACUUCCACAAUACAGAUCGUCAUGUAUAAGAUGACCUCUCUUGUUCAGACCCUUUUCAAUGUUACAACUGGUCGGGAGAUUGGGAAGACCUGGGUUCGAAUCUCCGCUCUGACAUCUCUGUGUUCUCUCCGUGCUUGCGUGGGUUUUCUCCGAGUACUCCGGCGACUUCAAAUUGUCCAUAUAUGAAUGUGAGUGUGAAUGGUUGUUUGACUAUAUGUGCCCUGUGAUUGGCUGGCGACCAGUCCAGGGUGUACCCCGCCUCUUGCCUGAAGACAGCUGGGGUAGGCUCCAGCAUACCCGCGACCCUAGUGAGGAAAAGCGGCAUAGAAAAUGGAUGGAUGGAACUGGUUGAUUAAAACUGCUCUACAGUUGAUGCGGCUUCACUGAUCGUCAUUAUCUUAAAAUGAUAAUAAAUCAUAACUCCUCCUCUGUAGUUUGGUAGUUAAUGGUUCCACAUUAGACCACAAACAUACCAUGACUAUUCUUUUUCAGAAUUCUCUAGAGAAAUGAAAAUCUUAUACUGAGGCCAAUGCAGUGGUUUGUUUAUGGUUGGUUGGACUGCAUCAUUUUGAGGUAAAUGAAGGUAAAAAAAAAAACUUUAAUAUGAAGCUAUGUCGUUCUACAAAUAUAGGAGUAUGUGCGCAUUUCUGGCUGUUUACAGCAUGCAUCAUAACAGUACAUACAUUUGAGGUUUUUAGUAUUUAAAG